UUGAUCUUCUACAUCUUCUAUGGUUAUCAUCAUCAUCUUUCUAGCAAGUACUUGAAAAAAGAACAUUCUAGAGUAUACUUCAAAAUGAUUACUUAGGAAACCAUUGAUGUGAUUUACACUGAAUUGAAGUCUCUAUUUAAACAAAAACAUGAAAAUUUGUUGAACUGAGUGUGGUGGUAGAAAAAAAGACUUCAAGUUGUGUAGUGAGUCACACAUUUGUAUGCUAAUCAAGAAUUUUCUUUGAUUUAUUGUCAAAGUCAUGUGAGCUGAUAAACAGUAAAACAUGAUGUUGAGAAUAAUAGGAUAUAACGUGAAGUGAUGGAGAAAGUGGAGAGAUAUUCUAUUGCGAACAGGAACUAGUUGAGGUCAAUCAUAGGACAAUUUGAGAAUUAAACUUUUUCCGUGAUAAAAGUGUCACAUUCUUUUUACUUGCGAAGAAAUGCUUGCUUAAUAUACUAAUUGAAUUCUUUUAUUUGCCUUGUAAGCCUUACAGUCAUUGACUUUUAAUAAAUUAGCUCUUUUUUGCUUUAAUUUGAGUGUCGCAUUCUUUUUUAAUUAGAUCGAAAAAAAAACUGUCUUUAUUGUUUAAUUUCCUUAUGUGUCGAUUUAAUGAUAGAAGAAAAUAAACGAUCGGUUGUUUCUUCAAUGACUUCGUACAAGAGGAAAGUUAACAAGACUUGAGUGAUGGCUAAAAAUCAGUGAAAUCAGUUCUUUAUAAUAUUUUAUUUCACUCGAAUUCCGAGUCAUCUAAAUUCAAAUAUUGAUGAAAGUGUUUAUGUCUGCAUGAUUAUCACAUGAUCUUUAUUUAAAGCUAAUGUGACAGAAUAUGAUACUCCAUAGCGAUAGUCUUCUUAUCAUAUACUAUAAUUUCCAACUGAAUAGAAGCUUCAAUACAUCAGACGCAAUAAUUAACGAAGAUCAGUCUUUUUAUUCUACUAGGAUGGUCAACAUCGUCUUGGAGUUUUCAUGAAGAAAGCAAAAAUUGAAAAAACUAGCUGUCAAAAAAAAGUAAAUAAAGUCUAAAGGUUGAUUUUCUUUGGUUGGCAUGAUAUUAUUUCCGGUGUGCAGUAACGACAUGAGGGUAUCCUGGCUGUUGAAAUACGGCCUCGUCCUCGUCCUUGUUCUCGUAGUAACUUCUGUGGAAUCUUUGACUGGAAACGUAUGUACCAGAAUUGAAAAUUAUACAGAAACACGACGGGAACCUUACCAAAAAACACUAGAAGUAUUAACGACCUCAUGGUGCUUUUCAUUACCUCCAAGAUGCACGAGAUCUAAAACUAUUCAACAAACGUAUUGGAAAAUACAGAGUGAAGAGAAGCAGAGAAAUGUCAGUGAAUGUUGUCCAGGAUAUACAAUGCUAAAACUUUGGGAUGAAAAUUCUGAGAAUUAUAUUGAAUCGUGCGUCGCACAUUCGGACUGUAAACCCGGAUACAUUGGCAAAAAUUGCACAACCGAAUGUCCAGUAGGAACAUGGGGUGUCUUAUGUAAGAACACAUGCAACUGUAAUCCUCUGGAGAUUUGCAGUCCAACCAAUGGUUCUUGCUAUUGUCCAGCUGGAUGGAAAGGAUUAGCAUGUGAUAACAAAUGUGAAGAAGGGAAGUGGGGUGUAAAUUGUUCAACUUUAUGCGAUUGUACCAAUGGAUCUCGCUGUCAUCAUGAAACAGGAGCUUGUGUCGAAUCAAUUGAUGAAUCACACGAAGAUUUAACUGAAAAUUCCUUCCUAUUUCCCUUUACUGUCCUUCCUUUGGAUAAUUAUGAUAAUUUGAGUAAUAAUGAUGUAAUCAAUGCUAAUUUUCUGGAACCUACGGACACUGCAGAAGUUCUGCUGGAAGCAGUAAAUAACACCCAAGUGAAUGAUGAAAUUAUACUGUCGACGAUGGAAACGGUGGUAGCUAAUGAAUUAAAUACGGAGAAUGAUAACACAAGUGUGUUGAAUGUAACAACAGGUCCAUUGGGUAAUAUUGCUGAAAAGGUCCAGAUCCCUGCGCCAGCAAACAUGGUCAUCUUUAUCAUUAUUGGAUCAAUAAUAUCCUUCGUGUCAGCAAUCAUAGCACUCUUUUCUAUUCGCCACAUACGAACUAAACUGUGUAAAACUAUAAGACUGUCGAUUUACGACCUUGAGGGACCGGAUACACGUCCUACCACAUUGCCAAAUGAAAAGGGAAAUGAAGGAAAAAUCAAUCCUAUAUGCCGUACCAGUGAAAUACCCACACCUCUUAGAGAUUAUGAGACACCAAAGAGUAUUCCUCUACAACCUUCUUUUACAUCGCCAAGAAUAAAUGAUGUAAUAAUAAGAGAGUCUACUUAUUACAAUCAAUAUCCCAACAUUCAUUUCUUCAAUACUCCUCAAGAACUGUUGGAAGCUCAAUAUGACAAGCCACUAUCAAUCAAUGCAUUUUCUCAGCUCAGACUGGAAUUCUUUGAAGGUGAACAUCUUUACGAUGAAAUUCCACUUCAGUCAACACCUGACGAUAAAAGCGAUCAUAAAUCUAACGUUGAAAAAUCUUAAUAUCAUGAAAACAACAUGUUAAGCCAUUACAACUAGUUAGGAUAUCAUAAUCAAUAUUUAUCAUCAUUCAGGAUUAUAAGUUUAAGAUUUUUGUAUAUGUCUACACAAAUUAGAUUGUAAUUUCUGUAUUUAUUACAUUA